CCAACACUCAACACAUUGGGUAUAUAACUCACAACUUUCUCUUCGAUUUCAAUGAAUAAUCUGUUGAUAUCUCAGAGAGAGUGGCUUUUGCCGUUGAUCCUCAUCCCUUGUGGCUUACUUAGCUAUGGAUUACAUUGGCCGGGCGAUGGGUUUUUUAUUUGCCAUCCUCAUGCAGUGCAACCCUUCUUCUUGAACGUCUUCCCGCGGCAAUGUUCCGGGAAUCCUUUACCUCUGUUCUUUUCUUUUUUCUUCUUUUUUCCAUUUCCAAACAAUCUCUCUGAUGAGACGCGGCUGGCUGUCAUGCCGCAUCCCUUCCAUGUGAUUGAUUAUUCGACUGUUGACACCAACAGGAAGUCUUCUACUGCAUCUUUCCGUUGUCCGUUAUCGUUAGAUAGGACUUGAGAGAGCCCGCUGCGGCCUCUUUCUAUCUCACUAUUCAAGAAUGAGAAUUGAUGGUGUCUCACUGUCCUCAGCCAUUCAUUUGCUUUUGGCAUUACCAAAUGAGAGCUUUCAUGCGCAGCUCAUAAAACCUACUCUUCUAUAUGUCCAGCGGUUGGCUCAAAUAACAUAACUUAAGUGUGCGUUGAGCAUUUAUCAUCCAGGAAAAACUCAGAUUGAGAAUGUGAUUCAGUUCUAGAAUCCUCAUUGCCAUAUGUCCGCAUACUUCAAAAGCAUUGAACUAUGUAUCUCUGCAGCAAGAAACUUAAACUUCUAUGCAGAGCAAACGUUGUCUGUCCUGGAGUAUGACAGCUUUUUGCCAUAUCAAGCAAACAUUCCUUCCUUUCUGUAUCCAUGUUAAUGCAUUUCUCUUUUACAUCGUGUGCUGCCAUGAAGCCAGAACCGACAGUCAAAUACCUUAUACAUAAGCUUCUCAUCAUGCUCUCCGUCCCGAAGCGGGUGCCAACUCAGCUUCCCCGAUGCCGUUGGCACCUGUCACCAAAUCUUCUACCGCAGAGCAAGCAGAGUCCAGUAUCCCAAGGUGUCCAGUGGAAUACCUGUUCUGAGAGCUUUUCUUGGAGCUUCUUCUCCCCUUUGCCUCAGUGACCGGGACAACCCGAAUCCAUAAAUUGAGAACUCGUCCCUGCUCUUCUUCAAACCACCAUUGAUCAGUCUGGUCGACUGUGCCACGGAAUUUUUAUACGGGACAUUUUUUACAUCUCGACGUCCGUAGACCUCAGAAGGUACUGUGUACUGUACCUGGUUAAUCAACCCACCUUUCCUACCACCAUGAAGCCCAUCUACGCCCUCUCCCUCCUAAUCCUCAGCGCCACCGGCCAGAAUUAUAAAUCCUGCUCUAGCUACCUGAACGGCAGCUUCGAAUUCCCCCACCUAAUCAUCCCCGUCGACUCCGCAGCCCCAACCUACGCACCAGGCACCUCCUUCUUCGGCCAGGUCACGUCCACAAUAUCCAGCAUCUUCAACUUCGAUUUUUCCCCCAGCAGCCAGGGCAGAACCUGCAGCCUCUGGUUCCUGUUCCCCAAGCUAGACAACUACUCCUUCAGCGGCGAUGGGCGGGUGGGCUUUAGUCGGUUGGCGGCGCCCGCGGCGCUUUAUACGAUCUAUGCGAAUUCACCGCCGAUACAGGAGCAGCUGCCGUAUGUGACCCUGGUUCCCAGGUCGCAGUACCUUCUGACUAGCUUUGAGUGCCCUGCUGGCCAGGCGAUUGCGUUCCGCAUGGAUAAUUGGGGUACGACUUACCUGAAGUAUUUUCAGGAUUAUAAUCCGCCUGCAAUUGGCCUUUACAUCACUAUAUGUUGAGCGUCGAGGUCUUCAAAGAUAAGGGGGCCCGGAUGCUAUACGCUUUUAUUCGCCGGGAGGGAAUUUGGGGAAAGCCGAAGCAACCGACCCUUGGGUCAGCACCAUUCUUUCCUCUUCCGUUUCGUUUCCGUCUCUUCUCUAUUGUUCUAUUUAUUUAUUGUUUUCAUCGAAUCUUAACUUUUUAACACUGCGCGUGACUCCUUGUUCGUCUAGGCGUAAUGUGUGGUAGAAAUGGGAUAGUAGCAGGAGGGGGGGAGACGAGAAAGGGGGCCUCCUAAAUGAGUUUGUUAUCUUAGUUAAUAACCGUUUAUGUUUAAAAUAAAAGGGGCGUUUUCUACAAAAUCUUCACUCUAGCCAUCUUCAAAUAUGAUAAUCGGGCAUCCGAUGGUAACAAAAAG